AUGACCCAAGUGAAUUUUGACCAUGAAUCGUCAUCUUUGUUUGACUUUUGUUCCGUUUGGCUGAAAUUUCUUUCGACUUUCUUCUUUUACAUUUCUUUAUUCGUUUUUCUUUUCUUUUUUAUUCAUUUUCGCUUAUUUUCCAUCAUUUUGCACAUCCUGACUUCCCUUUUUCUUUUCUUCCUUUCAUCGAUUUCAUUUAUUUCUUUUUUAUUUUCAUUUCAUUUUAUUUCUUCCUUUACACAUUUUCUUAAUUUGUUUGUACCAAUUUUUUUUUUCAUUUCUUUUAUCUUCUCCCCGUCUUUUUAUCAUUUUCCUUCCCCGUUUUACCAUUUUUUUCUCUUCUGUCUUUCAUUUUUUUCCUUCUUUUUCAUUACCUUUUUCUUUUACCGCUGCUCAACCUACCUUUUUUAUUCUACCGAUUUCCUUCUCUAUGCGCUCUCUUCAUUCUUUCUUCCUCUUUUCUCUUCUCAAUACUCUUCCUUCUUUAUUUCCUCUUUCAUUCCUCUUUCGAUUAAUAAUCUUUCUUUUUUCUUCUUUUAUUCCUUCCUAUUCUUCUCUUCUUUAUUUUCUCUUUCAUUCCUUCUUUCUCCUCACUUUUCCCCCGAAUACAUUCUUUCUUUCUUUCUUUCUUUCUUUCUGCGCUUCAUCUAUAUUUCUAAUUUCAUUACUUCUUUCCUUUUCCUUCUACAGCCGAUACGCUUCUUUCCUUAUUUUCUUUUUUUAGUUCAUUCUAUCAUCUUUCCAUCUGUACUUAAUGCACCUCAUCUAGAUUUCUUUUCUUCCUUUCCUAAUGAGCUUUCUUUCUCGUUCCUUCUUUCAUUCCUUCUUGCUUUUUCUUUAAUAAUUCUUUUCCCCUCUGGAUCUGAUAUAACCUUAGACUUUAAAAAAAAAAAAAAAAAAUCUCCCCCGAUAUAUUUUUUUUUUUUUUUACUUUCUGACCUCACCAUUUCUCCACUCGUUAACUCUGGAACAAUGACAAUCCACCACAAUCCGUAUAUGCUUUCCUUCUUUCUAUUCCUUUUGCAUUUUUUUAUCUACAUUCCCUUCUUGUUAUUUUCCUACAUAUUUAUUCGUACUUUUAUUAUUUAUUGUUCCUUCAUUUACUUUUUCAUAUUGUCUACUGGUUUAUCUUUCCAUAUCUUUAUUUGCUUUUUCAUUCUUUUUAAUCUUUCUUUCAUUCCUCGCUUUCCUUUAUCAGUACAGCCAUUUUUACUCUUCUUUCUUUCAUUUCUGUUUUCCUUAAUGUUCUUUUCCUUUUUUUUUUACUUCCUCCUUUAUUUUCCUUUUCUUUUCUUUUUCCUUUCUUUUUCCCUCCUUUCUCUCUUUCUUAAUUUCCCCUACUUUCUCUCCUUCUCCAUUUUCCUACUUUCUCUCCUUCUCCAUUUUCCUACUUUCUCUCCUUCUCCAUUUUCCUACUUUCUCUCCUUCUCCAUUUUCCUACUUUCUCUCCUUCUCCAUUUUCCUACUUUCUCCUUCUCCUUCUCCAUUUUCCUCCAUUUUCUCUCCUUCUCCAUUUUCCUACUUUCUCUCCUUCUCCAUUUUCCUACUUUCUCUCCUUCUCCAUUUUCCUACUUUCUCUCCUUCUCCAUUUUCCUACUUUCUCUCCUUCUCCAUUUUCCUACUUUCUCUCCUUCUCCAUUUUCCUACUUUCUCUCCUUCUCCAUUUUCCUACUUUCUCUCCUUCUCCAUUUUCCUACUUUUCUCCUCUCCAUUUCCAUUUUCUCCAUUUUCCCUCUUUCUCUCCUUCUCCAUUUUCCUACUUUUCUCUCUCCAUUUUCCUUUUUCCUUCUCCAUUUUCCUACUUUCUCUCCUUCUCCAUUUUCCUACUUUCUCUCCUUCUCCAUUUUCCUACUUUCUCUCCUUCUUUAUUCCCCCCUUUCUCCCCUUCUCAAUUUUCCUACUUUAUUUCCCCCCUUUCUCUCCUUCUCUAUUCCUCCCUUUCUCUCCUUCUUUAUUUCCCCCUUUCUCCCCUUCUCAAUUUUCCUACUUUCUCUCCUUUAUUUCCCCUCCUUUCUCUCCUUCUCCAUUUUCCUACUUUCUCUCCUUCUUUAUUUCCCCCUUUCUAUCCUCCAUUUUCCUACUUUCUCUCCUUCUUUAUUUCCCCCUUUCUCUCCUUCUCUAUUUCCCCCUUUCUCUCCCCUUCUCAAUUUUCCUACUUUCUCUCCUUUAUUUCCCCCCUUUCUCUCCUUUUUAAUUUCCCCCCUUUCUCUCCUUCUUAAUUUUCGCUUCUUAAUCUCUUUCUUUUUUUGUCUCACUUUUCUUCAUACUGAAUGUUUUCCUUUUUUGCUUAAUCUCUUUCUCAAUAUUUUCUUCAAAUUCUCUUUUUAUUUCACUUAUUCUCUUUGUUUUUACUUCCUUUUUCAUAAUUUCUCUUUUUUUUAA